AUGGCUCUCUUACCAAGCAAGCAGCUGCCGAGCAGAGUUGACAACCUGAGGAGGAAGCAAAGACCCACACAUCACCUUUUACAAGACAUUGUGAAUCUGUUGCCUCACAACGGCGAUGUCUCAUGCACAUGCAGCGGUCACACCCUCGCGAGCCUCUGUGCCUCGGAUCCAUGCCGACGCAGCAGGUCUCCGUUUGGCAAAUGUCUCUGGUCUCCUCCUGCUCAACAGGACCUUGGCAACCUGGCAACACUUGGCUUUAACUGCAGCAAACAAUUGCUCCUCUGCCAAAACGUCCUCCGCAGGUUUUCCAGCACUUCCCUCGGCGUCUGUGGCCUCGGUCGACGUUUCCCCGCGACAGCGAGCGUCUUUGUUGCAGCAGAAGAAGAAGAAAAAAGAGAAAGGGAAGAAGAAGGUGACAGCCAGGCGGACGGGCACGCUGGCCGUCUGUUGGGGCCUGUUUGCGUCGGUUGCCAUAGCGACUGUCAGGCUGCGACGGCGGAGGCAUGGCGGAGGGGGGGGCGGCUGCUGCGUGACUUCAUGCAGGGCGUAGGGCGGCCGAGCAGAGCGGGACCUUUGGCGUCCGAGUCGCGGAGAACCACAGGGGAAGCAUCUGGUGGAUCUGCAAAGACUCAGGGUUGGCCUCAGCUGCUCCAGCUGCUACCCACAAUGCACCACAGCGGCUUCAAAUCCUCUGGACCUGUGCGUCGUUGGGCCGUAUUCGUCCAGGGAUGCUGUAAGACGGUUGGAAUUACGGCAACCACCAAAUGUGGACACAUCACCACUGGGAAUUAAGGCCGAUGCUUGAAUUCGACGGAACGAUCUCAUCACAAGGCCCCUUUAGGUCUGGAGCUUUCAGCAGUGUCACGCGAUCUUCCCUCAGAGCCAUAGAUGUUAAAACUGUGGUUUUAGUUUAAAUACUCGACAUGCUGUGUUUUUAUGUCAGAAUGGAGCUAGAAGUUAAUUACUUUCAAACACUGAAAUAACAUCAUCAUUAAUUAUGGUCAUUGAAUCAGAAAUGGACAAAAGCGGGACAGACUCUCAGAGAUCAGCUCAGGACUUAUCUGCGGACUAAGGUGACUUUACAGAUUUACUUUGGAUUUAUUUCAGCCCAGAAUCCUUUAACUUUCAUUUCUUUUUACCUGUCACACCUAAGCCAAAGUCUAUGAAGCGAUAAAAAGUAUCGGAUCUAUAUAUCUAUGGUUACCUGACAACCGAAAAACUGCCGAGGAAGGUCAUGUGAUGCGACUGAAAGCACGUUAGACAAGUUCUUUUCAACCUUUUCAGACCUUCUUAUAGCGCUGCAGAAAGUACGUGACGGUGAAGAGUGAACCGCUCUCUCUUUAUGUUGAAAUGUUCCAGUUAUAGAACAACCCAUGACAACCACUCAGUGGAUCGUCAUCAUCGAGAACAACUAAACUCAUUCAAUAAAGUAUAAAAGAGGAUAUUACUAUAUCAAAUGCUAUGAUGAAAUGCUAACCACACCAACAGGGCACAUAGAUCCUGGCACUUAUCUUGUUUUUUGAAGCAGUAAAUGGCACCUGGCACCAUCUUUAUCUUUUAGAUUGUCUAUAUUGGAUUAUGUUUCGAAACACUCACAGAGGACGCCAAAAAGUACAGUGGCGCUGCUUUAUGGAAUUAUCCAAAUAAACAAAAUAUUAGAAAUUCA